AUGGGGGGGUCGAUCUACGUGGGGGAGACCGUGGUGAAGAUCAAGGGCAAUGGCGUCCAGGCGGGCACCCGAGCGAUGGGCGGCGCGUGGCAGCGUGCCGAGAGGGCGAUUCGUGGGAUCUCUGCCGUCGACGAGGACGGUCUCAGCCUGGCGCGGCGCCAUUGCCAGUGGCAGCGCUGGCAGCGUUUCGACGACAUGUUUCUCGGCAUGUGGAAAGUGCUCAAGGCCAUGAGGCUUCUGCACGAAGCUCAAGUGCUGGAGUUGGGCUGGAGCGGGGCUUUGAAAAGAGUGAACUUCUUCGCAGUGCCGCAAGAGCGCCGGGCCUCGCAUAGCAUGGUCGACUGCGUUUUAUGCACAACGCUUGCUUGCGCUGGGAUGUGGCAAAUUGUCAUGGAGCUGGUGACGCAGGUGGUUAAGCCUCUCUCCAGACGAGUGGCCAUGGCAGCUGGAGGAGUGGGAGCCAACCUCUCAAAAAUACAGUCGUCUCGCGUGCUCUGCAUGUUGGGCAGCGUCCCUCUCGAGCAGCUGGAGCUCUUGUGGCAAGAGGCGCAGCACCCUUGGAGGAGCGUUCUCAUGUCCUCUUUCACAGGCAAAGCACGGGUUUGCAUCAAGUCGAAGAGCCUGUGGUGUGGCGCUACGCCUCUCCGCACAGGAUGUCAUAUCAUGCUGGGGCAUUACAUCUCAGGUGAAUUCAGUGGUCUUGCGGCCUCGUGUGGCCAUCUUGGGCUGUCUCGCUGCUACCUGCUGCUUGUCGACAACAACUGGAAGGUCUCGAUCGCCACGGCGCAGAAGUCAGAAUUUGGCAUGUUUUCUGCUCAGACCUUCCCGCCACUUCGCUCGCUCACCUAUUGGCUUCAAUACGCGCCUGCCAUUGAGCGACUCGUCCGGUGCAAAGGCAUUUUUUUCCCCAUCGCCUCCGGCAUGGCACAAGCCGAUUCUCGAGGUGGCCGUGGCGGCCGCGGUCCGAGGCACCCUCGCGGCGAUGGGAGCACGGUGCCCUCAGACGCCGCCGCGGAGGCGGCCCGCCGGUUCGGCCGAGCCGAGGCCCUCUGCGAGGCGCACCUGGCGGAGGCGGAGCCGCUGGACCAGACCGACCUCGAGAAGAUCAUGGCGGACCAGCCCCUGCCCAGGACACCGUCGGGUCCGAGGCCGAACAGCCUAUCGCCUUCGCUGCCCGAGGACCGCGAUAGCGUGGCUCAGAGGCUCCGGUCAGAGAUCGAGCGUGUCAAGACGGAGUUGGAACAGGCCCAGCUGAGCGCCGCCUCGCGCGCAGCCCGUUCCCGCUCAACGCCUGGGGCGAACCUUGGCAGGAAACCGACCUCGCGGGCGCGGGCGUCGAGGGCCCUCAGCCCCAGCCGUCUUCGGAUCUCUCCCUCGCCGUCGCGGCGCCGGGCGCUGCCGUCUGCGGAGUCGGGCCGGAAGACAAAGCGGGCCAAGACGGACGAGCAGCAGGAGAAGCCAGGCCCGCCCCUCAAGGAAACGCGGAGCCGGCCGGGCAAGAAGGGCAAGGGGACUUCGAAGCUCUCGGGGGCCCCGCGGCCAGAGUGGUAUGCAUUAGACGAUUCGGACGCAGAGGCUGCUGCAGAACCCGAGGCCGCCGCCCCCGCGGAGUGGGGCGCUCUCUUGGCCUGGUGGUCUGACCUCCCGGAGCCGCUCGGGGUGAUCACCGCUGCGAGUGGCGACGUGCAGGGCUUGAGCGUUGGCCUCUCCAUAUCUCCGAGUGCAGUUACUUGUUCUAGCUUGAUCGGCUACUGGGCCAAACGCCACGAGCUCCUGGACGAGUACCCUGUCCUGAAGGAGAAGGACGGCCAGUUCGUGGCCCAGUUCAAGUUCACCCUGCUCCUGCUGCCAGGCGGCACGAAGAAGAUCACGGGGCUGGCCCUGGGGGAGAAGAAUGUGGCCUCUCAGCUUUCGGUCCAAGACGAGGAUCUGAAGAAGCUGCUGGCGUCAUCCGCGAACCCCAAGAAGCAGAAGAAGAAGAAGGCGGCCGGCGGCAAGGCCCCUGGCCGCCCGGCCAGCUCCGACCCCGGCAGCCAUCGCUAUAGUGCGCGCCCACAUCCGCCGCCCUGGAGGCGUGCCCCGAGACCUCUCGAGCAGCGGCGGACGUCACGCAGCACCCCGCAGAGUGGCAAGUAA